CACGUGCACGUCCCGCCGCAGAUGAUCCCCGUCAUGGGAGCCAAAUUCCACGCCAGCAAGCUGCACCCGGAGCAAGUGAGCUCCUUCAGAAUGAUGGAGCGCGAGAAGGCGGACAAGAUGCUGGACGAAUACGUCCAUCAGUGCUCGAAAAUGAAGGUGAAAUGCGAGAAGCUGGUGAUUGAGAAGGACGAUGUCGCGUCCGGUCUCGUCGAGCUCAUUCGCCUCCAUGGGAUCACUGAGCUCGUAGUCUCGGCUGCCGCGGACAAGCACUACUCGAGAAAAUUGGACAAACCUCUGUGCAUGACAGCAGCAGCGGUAAUGCAGAGAGCUGACCCAUCAUGCAAGAUUUGGUUCGUCUGCAAAGAGCAGCUAAUCUGCAUCAGAGACACCGAAGUAGAGAUCUCACCAUCGGCUGUUACUGAACCGCUGGUACUUAAUCCUGGUCAUGAAGUUCUGCACCUCUCAACUCACCCGGAAGAAGAUGGUGACAUUGAGAUUGAGUUGGGGUUCUAUGAGGAACUCGGAGAGGCGUGCAGAGCAGCCGACGACCUCAUGAACAGAGCUCUGAAUGAAUCUCGCAGGCGUCAGAAAGCAGAGGAAGAAGUGGCCUCGUCUCUCCACGAGGCGAAAGAAUGCGAGGAGCUUUACCUGGAGGAGGUGAAGAAGAGGGAGGAGCUCGAAGCAGCUCUUGCGAGAGCAGAAACAGAAAUUUCAGAGCUACGACAGGCAAUCCAGCGGAACACGACCAGGGACGAAUCCCAAGAGCCAACGGCAAUGCCAUCGAUUAUCCUGGGACAGCCCGGCGUCGUCUCCGGGGAACCGGAGCCGGUGCUCUGCCGGUGCCAGAGGAAGCUGGCUGCGUCCUCCCCGUCGUCGGUCCUACUCCUACCAUCGUCACCUCCUGCAGACGAAGACGGGUGCACCUGUGAAUCCGGCGCGGUCGGGUGCUGCUGCUGGCUCGACGGGAUGCCGUCGCCCGUGGGCGCCGCCCAACCGCUCGGGCGCCCGGGAUUUGCUCUAAGUGCCGUGGUCCAGGAUUACAUGAGGCAGCAGCAGCGGUGCUCGUUUCCUUGA